AACCCUAACAACAGCAACCUCAUCACACUCUGAUUCCCCAUCCGAAAAACCAUCGGAAGAGCGCCACUAUCUGCCUCCAUACAUAUUUAAUCGAAGGGAAACCCAAAAAAAGCUUCAAAUCAAAUCAUGGCGAUGGCGAAAUACGAUCUGACACCCCGAAUUGCUCCGAAUCUCGACAGGCAUCUGGUGUUUCCGCUGUUGGAAUUCACUCAAGAACGCGAGCUUUACCCAAACGAUCAAAUCCUUAAAGCUAAGAUCGAGCUUUUGAACAACACUAAUAUGGUUGAUUACGCCAUGGAUAUCCACAAGUCUCUUUACCAUACCGAAGAUGUUCCUCAAGAUAUGGUGGACAGGAGAGUAGAGGUAGUGGCAAGAUUGAAGUCUCUGGAGGAGGCAGCUGCUCCAUUGGUCACAUUUUUGCAAAAUCCAAGUGCAGUUCAGGAGUUGAGGGCUGACAAGCAGUAUAACCUUCAGAUGCUCAAUGAUCGUUAUCAGAUUGGUCCAGAACAGAUUGAAGCAUUGUAUCAGUAUGCCAAAUUUCAAUUUGAGUGUGGAAACUACUCAGGAGCUGCUGACUAUCUGUAUCAGUACAGAGCUUUGUGCACCAAUGCUGAAAGGAGUCUGAGUGCUUUAUGGGGAAAGCUAGCAGCUGAAAUUUUGAUGCAGAAUUGGGAGAUUGCUCUUGAAGAGCUGAAUCGAUUGAAAGAAAUCAUUGACUCAAAGAACUUUGCUUCUUCUUUGAAUCAAGUUCAAAGUAGGAUAUGGCUGAUGCACUGGAGUUUAUUCAUCUUCUUCAACCAUGAUAAUGGAAGAACACAAAUUAUCGACUUGUUUAACCAGGAUAAGUAUUUGAAUGCCAUUCAAACAAAUGCUCCACAUCUGUUGCGUUACCUUGCAACUGCAUUCAUUGUGAACAAGAAGAGAAGGCCUCAGUUCAAAGAAUUCAUUAAAGUGAUUCAGCAAGAACAACACUCUUUUGCAGAUCCUAUUACAGAGUUUUUAGCAUGUGUUUAUGUCAAUUUUGACUUUGAUGGGGCUCAAAAAAAGAUGAAAGAGUGUGAGGAUGUGAUACUAAAUGACCCUUUUUUGGGGAAACGAGUUGAAGAAAGCAACUACACAGUUGUUCCAUUGAAGGAUGAGUUUCUUGAAAAUGCUCGUCUUUUUAUCUUUGAGACCUACUGCAGAAUACAUGAGCGCAUUGACAUGGGGGUGCUUGCUGAGAAACUAAACCUAAACUAUGAAGAUGCAGAAAGGUGGAUUCUGAAUCUCAUCCGAACCUCAAAGCUUGAUGCUAAAAUCGACACUCAAACUGGAACCGUUGUAAUGGAACCUAAUCAUCCCAAUGUGUAUGAGCAACUUAUUGACCAUACCAAAGGUUUGUCGGGGCGUACUUACAAGUUAGUUAGUCAGCUCUUGGAACAUUCUCAGGCACAGACUGCUCGAUGAUUCUUUGUUUUUCUAGGCUUUGCGGAUUUUGACUCUUGAUAUUGCUUAUUUUGAACUGAGAGUUUUGCGAGAAACGUGUAGCUUGAUAGGAACUGGUCUGAUUGCUUGUAAUUUUGGAGCUUGUUAAUUUCAUCUACUAUCACUAUCGAUUAUCUAUUGUUAUAGAUUUGUUUUAUAA